ACUACAAAAGUUCAACUAAAGUUAAUUGUUUAUUAAAAAUAAUGGCCAACAAAAAGGGUAACAAUGUGGGUGGACGCACACAGCAACAAAUAAAUGAUUCCAAUGACUACAGUGCAUUCAAAGUGGUGUUCUUCUAUUGUUCUCUAAUCGUGUUCCUGCCUGUUGCAACAUUUUUCUUGCUUAAAUCUACUGUGCUGGAACGCUUUUUCACCAUGUCUGAGAUUACAACCAAUAUUUAUUCGGCGGUUGGCGCAGUUGUGGCUUUACACUUGGCGCUGGGCUUGUACAUAUAUAAAGCAUAUUUUGGUGGCAGUCAGCACACGACGGUAUCAUACAAAAAAGUCGAUUAAUGACAAAACAUGUAAGCAUAAUUAAAAGUGAUCGAUCAGAAAAGUGUGGUGUAAGCUACGGAUGUUUCUCCGAAGAACAUGUGACUCCAUUUGGGUAUUACAAUAAGUAUACUUUAAACGUAAAUGCACAUAUAGACAUUUUUAUAACAAAUACUAUACGGUUUUUCCUACAUUCAUGUACGCUUGUUUUAAAUUGUUCGAUAUAAAAAUAAAUUGUUUAAAACUAUGUACAAACAUUUACAAAACAUGUUAUGUAUGACCAUAAAUGUAAAUAAAAAUAGUUGUAAAUAAUAAACGAUUUUUAAAAAACUAAUAUAAUUCAAACUUAAUUAUUUUUAAUAUUUCAAAAACAUUUUUUGCAAAUGUGUCAAUAUUCCUGCAUGGUUACGUCCCUUUUUACUUUUCCUUUAACAUAAUUUCUACUUUCACACACGCACAUACACGAGCUUGCUCAUACAUACGAAUCAGCCGUCACCGUUGUUUGUAUAAUCUGACAUUUUGUAAAAGGCACAUUUUAAUUUCCUUCCGUGUGUAAAUAGUUAUAAUUUAAAUAUAGAAUAAAUGAGUUAAAUAACAACUACACACAAUUUUAAAUUGCAAUGAAGUUUCUCCCUUGGCGUGGUCAAUAUUUACGCUUUUACAACCAAUGGCUUAAACAAUUGGGCAAUGCGAUUGGUGUGCGAGAUCGCCCCAAAAUCUAUAAUCUAGGCGCUUGUUUUGAGGUGGAUGAGUUGGUAAGUGAAUAACACAUGCUAGUUAAUUGUAUAUAAAAAGCGAACUUAUCCGAAGUAUAGUUAUCUAAAUAGUUUAUCGGUUGAUAGGUAGUCAAUAAAUUUUGAUAAGCAAGUGAUAAGAAUAGAAUAGAUAGUAAUAACCAGCUGAUUAUUGUGCUGACAAAGUUUUAUAUAUUUAUAGAAUAUGAAACUGAUAUGAUUUGUUUAACUUAACUUUACUUUCUACGCCAUUACGUUCUAUUUAUUGUAUGCUUAAUUCAUAUACGAAGAAACCAAUAAAACAAUACAACAAUAAAGCAGCGGAUUUGUUAACUUGCCUGCGAUAUUUACCACUGCAAGUGGUGCAAAAUAAAUAUCGAUUAUACUUAGUCUUGUAAUAAAUUGAAUUGUGUGAAAGCUUCUUAUUAAAUAAAAAUUAACUUUAUUAAAAAAUUUAUUAUAGUUUCCUUGUUAUGAAGACCUGAACUUUGUUUAACAGAACUUAUGGCAGGACUGAGUGCAUUUGGUUAUCAGAACUAAAUGAAUUAAAUUUAAAUUGAUUAGGUUAAAUUUACAUUUUCGUUACAAUAUUUUUGUAGUUAUUAUCUUAUACAAUUGUAUGCACUAAAGAGAGGAUAACGAAAAUUUAAGAACGAGACUACCGGCACUAAUUCGAUUUUGCACAUCACUAGUUGUGAUAAAACAUUGCCCAACCCCUCCUCCUACUUGUUGAACUGUGUGCUGGAGAAAAACCAUAGGGAAUAGUGCUGUCAUAAAUUAAUAAUUCAUAGAAGAGUAGUUAUGUAAAAAUUAUUAUUCUUUAGUGCAAAUCAAGCCCAUCUCGCCAAUAUACAAAAAAAAAAAAACAACACCUGUGUAAACAAACAUAUAAUUGGUUUAUGUAUGCAAAGCAACAGUUGCCGUUUGUGUUCAUAUUUAUGUUUAUAAACCAGCAGUUCAGCAGUUGAUUUGCUUUCGUGUCAGAUGUCAAUAUAGCAAUAUUCUCAGUGAGCUACGGAUCGCCCGUUGGGAAGUUGCAAUAUGUCCUUGUUAAAUGCAUAUUUUGCAGUGCUUAUCAUACUUAGUGUUAGCGUAUUUGCCAGCAAAGAUUUUCAAGGUGGCUUUGCUGUGGGACGGAAUGAGUUAACAUACCGCACUGAGGAGCUAUCACAUGAAAAGUUUUUGGCCUACGGCCCGCUUUCGGAUGUACCACACUUACGAAAAGCCAUUAACAAUUUACUUAUUACAAGAGUUGUCGGCACGGCUGGACACACGCAAGUACGAGACUAUAUAACGAGUAAUUUGCGGGGACUUAAUUGGUCCGUUGAAUACGAUAAAUUCCAUGACACAGCGCCUAUUUUGGGAAAACUGCAUUUUCAUAAUAUUAUAGCAAAACUCAAUCCAGAUGCUAAACGUUAUUUGGUAUUUGCAUGUCAUUAUGAUAGCAAGUAUUUUGAAGAUUUUGAAUUUAUUGGCGCAACAGAUUCCGCAGUGCCAUGUGCAAUGCUGCUGAAUAUGGCACACAUAUUACAAACGGCGCUUGAACCAUUCCGUAAGACAAAACUAAGCUUAAUGUUUAUAUUUUUUGAUGGCGAAGAAGCUUUCAAAGAAUGGGGCCCGAAUGAUUCACUUUACGGUUCACGUCACUUAGCAAAGCUAUGGGAAGAGGACGGGACCUUAAACCGUUUGGAUAUGAUGGUUCUAUUGGAUUUAAUUGGUUCGGCUGAUCCAACCUUUUACAGUUUUUUUCCUAAUACGGAAGGUUGGUAUUCGCGUUUGGUAUCGUUGGAGGAGCGCCUUUCGGAUCUAAAUAUGUUGCAACGGUAUAUAAGCAGCGGUGUAUCGCGCCAAUACCCGAACCGUUAUUUUCAACCAAAUACAUUACGUUCUUCAAUGGUUGAGGAUGACCAUCUGCCUUUCUUAAGGCGUAAUGUUCCCAUAUUGCAUCUAAUACCGCUACCCUUCCCAACUGUUUGGCAUACGAAAGAUGACAACAAUUCCAUAAUUGACUAUAAUGCAACGGAAAAUAUAUCAUUGAUACUUCGCUUAUUUAUGAUGGAAUACUUGCAAAGCGCAAAUGAUGAGAAGUGAACUAUGACAAAGCAAGAUGUCCAACGCAAGGAGUACUUACGUAAAAUGUAAGAAUAAUCAACGUGAUAUACUAUCUGGCUGCUGAAAUCAACGCUAUUUUCAUUGUAAUAAUUGACCACAAGUUUCUAGGAAA